AUGGUCAACAAGGUUUGCCUAUUCAUUCUGCUUGCUGUUUCUCUGUUGCUCUUUGCUUCAGUCACUUGUGAGAAUAUUGUCUAUUCUACUACGACCUACAUGGAUGGAACCCUCGUUCCUUCAUUCGAAACUAAUGUUGAAACUAACCUAUUCAACUCUACCAAUCCAAACUCCAGAUCCCUCCAAGAAGAUUGUACAUUGUGUCCAGUUGGUGGUGAUUGCACAUGUGCAGGCACUUGUCCAGUUUCUUCAUAUGAUUACAAGGACUUUUUUAUCAAGACAACUUGUCCAAAUGGUUUCUACUUGACUUCCUUGAGUCUUCAAUGUAGAACAAGUGUUAUUGGUGAUUCAAAAAACUCGUUACUAAUUUCACAAAUCAACACCCCAUAA